GUGUGUGUGUAUCAAUAAAGUUGUGAAAGUUUGUCUCACUGUGCUUACGUCAUUUCCUGAGCGACGCAACAGAGGCUAGCUAGCCUAAAAGAUAGCAGGUGGCUCGACAUCAAAGUGUAAUGGCCAUGACGUAACCAAAUCAAAUACAUGUAACACGGUUCUGACUUGGGAACGUCCGUGCGUCUAUGGCGACCGUUGGCGGCGGCGGCUCGGCGUCAAACCAUGACGUCCAAGAGUCCAGCUCAGCUCAGAGUGGAGCUCGGGUGGCGCUCUCCAAUGCCCCGACCGCCGCUCUCGGCCCGUCCGCCUCUCCGCCGGUGCUCGCCGUUCACCGGGAGCCCGGCGUAUACAACUGGCAGGCGACGAAGAGUUCCCUGAAGGAGCGCUUGUCUUACCUCCUCAACAAUGAACUGCUUAGCGACGUCAGGUUUGUCGUGGGGAAAGACAGACAAGCGCAGAGGAUCCCGGCCCAUAAAUUCGUCUUGGCCGCUGGCAGCGGCGUUUUCGAUGCCAUGUUCAACGGGGGGAUGGCGACCACCACGGCCGAGAUAGAGCUUCCUGACACCGACCCAGCAGCUUUUCUGUCGUUGCUCAGGUUCUUGUAUUCGGAUGAUGUUCACAUCGGUCCAGGAACUGUGAUGUCCACUCUGAACAUAGCCAAGAAAUACGCUGUCCCCGCUCUGGCCACUCACUGUGUGGAGUUUGUCAGCAAGCACCUGAAAGCAGACAACGCAUUCAUGUUCCUCACGCAGGCAAGGUUAUUUGAUGACCCUCAGAUUUCCAGCCUCUGUUUAGACACCAUAGACAAAAGCACUGCAGAGGCAGUAAAUACAGAGGGGUUUACUGGUAUUGACCUUGACACUCUCUGCACAGUUCUCGAAAGAGACACGUUGAACAUCAGGGAGAAUCGUCUCUUUGAGGCUGUGGUACACUGGGCCGAAGCCGAGUGCAGCAGACAACAGCUUCCAGCCACCUCGGAGAACAAACAGAAGGUACUUGGAAAAGCCCUACCGCUCAUCCGCUUCCCGCUCAUGAGUGUGGAGAAGUUUCCUACAGCAAACCCCAAACCACGGCCCAGCAACAAUGACAGGCCCCGCUGCUGCCUUCGUGGAGAAGAAUGCAGCAUUAAUAGAUUUCAGCAUGUCGAGAGUCGAUGGGGCUACAGCGGUACCAGUGACAGAAUCAGAUUCAACGUCAGUAGACGAAUAUCCAUUGUGGGCUUUGGUCUGUACGGUUCCAUCCAUGGACACACGGACUAUCAGGUCAACAUACAGAUAAUGGAGAGCGACAAACACCUCACUGUGGGACAGAACGACACAGGAUUCAGUUGUGACGGCACAUCGAACACCUUCAGAGUAAUGUUCACAGAGCCUGUGGAAAUCCUUCCUAAUAUCAGCUAUACCGCAUGCGCCACCUUAAAGGGACCUGACUCCCACUAUGGCACGAAGGGGUUGAAGAAAGUCACCCAGGAGUCAGCAACAGGGACGAAGACAACAUUUGUCUUUUUCAAAUCCCCCGGAAACAAUAACGGUACCUCGGUGGAGGACGGACAGAUACCAGAAAUUAUUUACUAUACAUAGAUUGACGUAGGAAGACUUCGCAUCGCUUGAAUCGUUUUGUGCUUCGUAAUCCCAGGGAAUGAACACUGAGUGGCAGCUUGUUUAUAGCGAAAUGCACAGACACAAAGAUUGUUCCAUGCGACAGAGGUUAAAAAAAAAAUCAAUGCCACUUCCUGCUUCAAUGUUAUUAGAUGUAAAUAUGUAAAUGAUGAGAAAAAGCAAAUGUUCUCCUUCUAAUAAAGACUGCAGACUUAGCUGGAGGCAAACAAGCGAAUGUUGUCCCCCACAAGCUGCUAGUGCUCUUGUUAGUCUUGAAUGACUCAAGCUUCAGAGUCAGCCACCAGUUGUCAACAACACCACACUUUCAGUUGUUCUGAAAAGCCGUUUGAGUAUUUAUUUGAUAUUCCUUGAUAUCCAGCUCAGGGUUGAAGUACUAGUUCGGUCUUUGUCCCCAAUAGUAGGAAUCGGCGAGUACCAAUACCAGGUAUCGGUAUCGGGCCGAUAUAGGCCUUAUUUUUUUGUUGUUAAACUUUUUAUGGAAUUUUUUAAACAGUUUGAAAAAAGAAAAAUAUAGGCCUUAUUUUAAGGUAUUGGGUUCUUUUGGAGUCUGCCAAUAUCAGUCACCCCCC